AUGGACGACGCCUCUUCUUCUCUAUUUCACCAAUUACAACUGGGAAACAGCACAAAUUGGGGCAUUCAAUAUGGUGGCUUCCCGAACCCAAACCCACCCCUAGCCGCUCCCGUACCAGCUGCCAACAAUCUAUCCACAUUUCACGACCCCAUACUAGACUUCACACAGACCACCUCCCGUCCGUCCAUCGUCGAGCUCAAACGCCGUUACCUAUCCCAGCUCCCCCCAUCUCGUCUCGUUAGCACAAUCCUCGACCUCGAGCUGCGUGGGUUACGACAUGAUCCGUCUUUCGGCGCACACAUGUGGCCGCCAGAUCUCGAGGCUGCCGUACGAGAUAUGGAAUCUGAGGGUACUGCAAAGCCCGACACUCGUCCUUACAGCCGGAUGGUGGGGAUUGCGCAAAAAGCCCCUCCACCGAGGAUAAUAGGGCAUGAGGGAGACAGAGAGACAUUCCAUGCUGGGAGCAAUGGACUGCCGAACUAUGAGGAGAUGAUCAUCGAGGCGUUGAUCGAGAUCGGUGACGAGGAUGGGCUGCAGCCGAAAGUCAUCUUCGAUUGGAUCGCAGAACGGUAUCCGAUCAACAGCAACUUUCGGCCCUCGGCGCAUCAAGCGAUCCAAAAGAGCCAUAAGCGCGGUCGGCUCGAAAAGACUGGGAACAAGUAUCGCCUCAACCCGGACUGGGACGGUAGCCAAAUUCUCACCAAGAAGCCCACUCGGCGACCGAAGGCUGCCCCAGAUCCCUCUGUCGCCCCUCAACUACCUUCCGCUCCUGCCCCUCCGCCCCUUCCCAUGGCAACCUCGAUGUCCAUCGAAGCCGCGCUCUCCAUGCUCGUCAACAGCACCACCCUUCCCGGAGAUCAACCAACACCGCCAUCGCUGCCGACGCCGACAUAUACACCGCGGACGGAAGUUAGACAGAGCCUGAACAGCUUGGCUCAACAGUUUGCGGCGAGAAGUCGGAGAGUAAGGAUGGAUCAUGUGCCAGUAUAA